AUGUGGAAAACAGGCGAGCGAAAAACAGAGCAAGACAGCAGAGGCUACUCGUCGUCCUCGUACGGGGUCGAUGAUUCGGAAGCCCAGUGGACUUCUUGGUUGGUGCCAAUGAUUGUUGUCGCCAAUAUUGGAGUGUUUCUGUUGGUCAUGUACGUCAAUAACUGUCCCAAGAACAAUUAUGUGGCCGCGGAGGGGAAGUGCACGGCGAGGUUUCUCGGGCGGUUGUCGUUUCAGCCUCUGAAGGAGAACCCUCUAUUCGGCCCUUCUUCCUCCACAUUAGAGAAGUUAGGGGCUUUGGAGUGGACCAAAGUUGUGCAUAAGCAUCAGGGAUGGAGGCUGGUCACUUGCAUUUGGUUGCAUGCUGGCAUAAUCCACCUGGUUGCUAACAUGCUCAGCCUUGUCUUCAUCGGAAUCCGCCUUGAGCAGCAAUUCGGAUUUGUAAGAGUUGGAAUUAUAUAUCUGCUGUGUGGAUUUGGAGGGAGCAUACUUUCCUCGCUUUUUAUUCGAAAGAACAUCUCCGUUGGUGCCUCUGGUGCUCUUUUCGGGUUUCUAGGAGCAAUGCUUUCAGAACUAAUUACAAAUUGGACCAUCUACACCAACAAGGUUGCAGCCCUUUUCACACUUUUAAUCAUCGUUGUUAUAAACCUUGCCGUUGGAAUUUUACCACACGUAGAUAACUUUGCUCACAUUGGCGGUUUUCUUACGGGUUUCCUCAUCGGCUUUAUCUUGAUGGCCCGCCCUCGCUUUGGGUGGUUGGAGAACCCGAAUCUUCCUGCCGGAGUCAGUGUCGUCAAGUCCAAGUACAAGGGAUACCAAUAUGUGCUAUGGAUACUCUCUCUCGUUCUGCUCAUCGUCGGAUUCACAUUUGCAUUGUUGAUGCUCCACCGCGGAGAGAACGGAAAUGACCGUUGCCAUUGGUGUCACUACCUCAGCUGUGUUCCCACAUCUAGAUGGCAUUGUGAAGAAAAUUAACACCGUUAUGUAAAUUUUAGUUGUUGUUGUUAUUUUUUUUUUUGAAGGGGGAAUUCAGUACAAUAUUCAUUAAUAGUAGUUAAAACGUACAAAACUGAAUAAGUCCUCGUUUGGCAUACUGUAUAGAACACCGGAUAGUAUUAUAUAAUACGAAACAGAUGUUUGGAGAA